AUGAUGCCAUCACAAUGGAAAGUGGCUGCAACUCAUGCUAUUGAAAUUGAUUUGGCACAUGAAUCGGGAUUAAGAUUAAAGCAAUCUUAUGAGUUUCUUAGUAAGCAAGUUGGUGGAUAUGAUAAUCUUGGUUUUACCAAGCAAGAUCAUAAAAACUAUUUUUGCAUUAAGCGACAGAGAGACAUGGAGCAUGGGGAAGCUAAUGCUGAGAGACACUUAGGUCAUUUACUCAAAAAUGAGUCUCAAUUUAACGAUGAUUUCUUAGCAUGUAUCUAUGAGUAUGAUGGUGAAGAUGAGUUUCUUACAGCUUGGAAUGAAAUACUGGAUAAGUACGAUUUUCGUGAAAAUAAAUGGCUAAUUGGUCCAUUUAAAUUGAAGGAAAAAUGGGCCCAAGCAUAUGUUAAGAGAACUUUCACUGCAGAAAUGAAGACAACCCAACUUAGUGAUAGUUUCAAUGUUGACUUGAAGGAUUGCUUGCGUAUUGAUCUCAAUAUAGUAGAGUUUUUCACUCAUUUUGAAAGAGUUGAAAAUCAAAAACGGGAUAAGGAGUUAGAAGCAGAAUACAACUCUAGACAUAAAUUUCCAAGAUUGAGGCUCAAAGGUUCUCCUAUGCUUAACCAAGUAAUAACAGUGUACACGCCUACGUUGUUUGAUUUAUUUCAGACAAAAGUUGAAGAGGUAAUGACACUUUCCAUCCUAGAACGCAAUGUGAGUCAAACACAUAGUUAUGUGGUUGGAGUUUUCAAUCAAGAUGGAAAAUAUGAAGUCAUGUGGAAUCCAUUAGAUGAGACUCUAUCUUGUAGUUGCAGAAAGUUUGAGUCAUUUGGUAUUUUAUGUAGGCAUGGUUUGAAAGUUCUUGAUGUAUUGGAUAUCAAGUUGAUUCUUAAUAAAUAUAUCAUGAAGAGGUGGAGAAGAGAUGCAAAAGAUGGAAGCAGAAAAAAUUGCACAACACAUAACAUUAAGCCAGAUACUCAACUGGAAUAUGUAGAUCGGUAA